AUGGCUGAAAAAACAAUUCAUGAUGAUUUUAUGCGGAGAGCUUUAACGCUUGCAAGUAUUUCCAGAAAAGCCCAAGAAGCAUAUGAUAAUUAUGAAGUUCCCGUUGGGUGUAUUUUUGGAAUAAGGCACGCAGAAUUAGAAGCAAUUGAUGAAAUAUUUGCAUCACAAAAAUAUACUAGUGAUGUUUUUCAAAAAUGUUCUCUUUAUGUCACUGUUGAACCCUGUGUCAUGUGUGCUUAUGCUCUGAGGCAAUUAAUUUAUUAUGGGUGUACGAAUGAAAGAUUUGGAGGAACCGGUUCUGUAUUUCAAAUUAAUCAAGAUCCAAAGUUAAUGCUUCAUCCACCAUACCCAUGUGAGGGUGGAUAUUAUCGAGAGGAUGCCAUAAUUUUAUUGAGGAAAUUUUAUGUUAGAGAAAAUGGGAAAGCACCACAACCAAAAAGGAAACAUCAAAGGGAAAAAGACCAUCUUGAAAGAUUAGUUAAAAGACACGGAAAAGAUUGGAAUCGAAUUGCUGUAUCUUUCCCAAGUCGCAGUGCUCGGCAAAUACGCGAGCAUUAUCAAAAUCAUCAAAAUCCUGAGACCAGCUGUUUGGAACAAAGAUUUCAUGGAAGAUAUACAGGUGUAAUGAUAAGAAAUCAUUGGAAUAAUUAUAAAAGAAGAAAACUUCGUCUUCAGAUAUCUUCCUCAUCUUCACGUGGUACGAUUCAGAACAAUUCCAUCAUCCCUUCAAUUAACGUAAAUGAUACAGAAGGCGUUGAACAAAUUAGGGAAAAAAUGGCUAUAAGCGCUAUAUUAAAUCCUAUAGAUCCUAAUUAUAUGAAUUAA